AUGGAAGGGAGGUUUAAAAAAAGUGACAGCGAAAAUGACUACAAGUAUUAUGUGCUGCAAAUAGUGAGCCGUGUGUUAAGGCCCCUGUUAGGCAAACACGAAGGGAGCCUGAUCUACCACUACGAGUACAAGUUCCACCAAGACGAGAAGCUGUGGAGCAAAUUCUUCGAGGAGUUUACAUUCCAUAUUUUUCGCAAGUUAAUAAAAACGAAUAACAAGGCAAAAAAAGUCAUCGUCCUUUUGAACAUGUUCAUCCCAACGAUAAUUAAAUAUUCCCUUUGCAAAAGUUUAAUCGAAAAUUAUGAAUACACCUCUAUCUCGUACAUAAACGACUUAGUGUCGCCGCUUUUCUUGUGCAACUGCAACACGUGUGUGGUGAUCGACUUGGGUUACUUAAGCUGUCGGUUGCUGCCCGUAAUGAAUGGCAUGCCAUUAUAUCACCAUUACACGUAUGUAGACAAUGGGGGGUUUUACAUCAAUAUGGAAAUUAAAAGGUUAUUGAAGGAGCAGUAUGUGAGAAGGGCUCAGAGGAGGAGAACCUUGCGCGAUUGGGAAGCUUCAAGCGCUUCACUUGUACAAGCUAGUGAUGGGGACAUCCUUACCAAUGCACAGAAUACAGAUGGUGGUUAUGCGGCAAUUCCUCAUGAAGAAAAAGCCACGGAGGGAGAAAAAGGAGAAACAAACACCUCGCAGGGAUUAGUUAAUUAUUACCUCGAUUUAUACCCACUGGAGGAAAUAUUAAACGUCAUCGACAGCAUGCCAGAUGAUGAAAUAGAAAAUAUGAAGAUGAAAUAUUUUUAUUUAAAAAAUGAAGAAACCAAAUUGUGCAGUAACAAAAUUGUCUUGUAUGAAUUUCAAAAUUACGAAAUUAUCGUAGAAGCAGAUACUAGGUGGAUGGCCUGCGAAAUAUUAUUUACGAAAAAUUAUGAGCAAAAUAUAAAUUUUAUGUUCACAUCCAUACUGUCUAAAUUACACAUGUUUGAGUUUUCUGCUUUCCACAAUGUGCUGCUGGUUGGUGGAUGCAGUAACAUCAAAGGGAUCGUUUCGAAAAUUGCUCAAUCCCUUUUCCACGCGUUAAGUGAGAAAAAAAAAACAUCCGUAAAAGAUUUGGAAAAUAGAGUCAACUUUCUCUUUCCAAAGAUAUCCCCCAACCUGCGCCAAUUCAUAGGAGCCUCCAUCUGCUCGAAUUUGGAAAACCUGCCCGACUACACACAGGAGCAUAUUCAUAACAGUGUGCUGUACGACCACCUCAAUGAAGACGUCUACUUCACCUUUAAGCGGUGA